AUGAUUCUUCGGUGUAAGAGCUGGCGUGAUAUUGAACUUAAAGAGUUACCUGAGGAGGCGGACAAACAACGAGAGGCCCAGCUUACUACUAACGUGCCCAAAGCAAUCAGCGAAGGAGAGGAUUCUGAUGAGAAUGACAAUAACGAGAAUGAUCCUAUUACACUAAUUGAGGAGGAGUUUAUAAUAGAGAGUCAGCGCCACCCCAUGAUUAUAGUUCCAAGUGCGGGUAAACAACAGCGAAGUCUCUCCGUUGAUAGUGAGAAUGAGACAAGCCCUCAUCUGCCUUCAACUACAGAUAAAGGUGGCACUCAGAGACUCUCUGGACUAAGAGGUAUGAGGAAGCGUAACAAGCCUGAUGAUGAUGAUCAAUGGCUACGGUAUUAA